UUUUCAUCACGGGGACGCGAUCCCAAAAAAGACCGCUCGAGACCGCUAAACUAAACAUAUUUGGAGAGAUUAGUUUUAAAACGCCGACAAGUGUACAAAUUUCCCCAAAGGAAGAAUGGAAACGACAGAGGAAAGUGAGCACGAUGUGCUCGGGGAAAUAUUAACUCCGGAUGAGUUAUCGCAAGUUGCGGAAGGCACCGCCAAGAAGUUGAAGACGUAUUUCAACGAAAAGCUCGAAGAAUUUCUGACAGCGAAGGCGGUUUUCGAGACUGGUCGUCAAAAUCUCGAAAAAUCAUUAGACACUGUACAAAAAGAACACGCGGACCAAAAACUGGAUUUGGAAGAAUGCAGAGGAAAAUUAAACUUAGCUGAACAGUACGCGAAAGAAUUGCAAACUGGUCUGGAAGAGGCGAAAGCUGAAAUUCAUAAACUUCAAGAAUCAGUCAAAAGGCUAGAGAAAGAAAGUGCAGAUCUCAGACGACAAAGAGAUACAGCCUGCGACGAAAGAGAUGGGCUCCAACUACAAGUCGAACGUCGUGACACGGAAUUGGAGCGAUUGCGAACCGAAGUUACCUCUCUCGGUUCACAAUUACAGGCUGCAGUCACCGCCAAGUGUCAAACUCUUGCUCAAAUGGAGGAAAUUAAAAGCCUUGAGAUGACCCUAGAAUUCAAAGAAAAGCGAUUGGAGCAAGAACGAACACUCCUCACGCAACAAAUGGCAGGAUUGGAAGAAGAGUUAUCCAAGAGAACUGCAGAGCUGCAGGCGACCAGAUCCGAAUCCUCGUCUCGUUCUCUUCUGAUAGACACACGCUUGAGUCAACGUGAGGAAGAACUGAACAUCGCCAUCAAAACCGCGAAUCAACUCCGUGAGGCUCAAUCUACUCUUCAAGGUCGCUGCGACGAAUUGGCUCAGAAACUCGAAGAACAGAGGAACCACGAACUGUCUAUGCACUCUUCAUACCGAGAGGAAGUCGCGGCUCAGACUCGUUUAGCAGAGCUUUACAAAUCCAUGGCCGAGGAGACGAACGCGAAAGCUGAAGAAUACACAAACGCUGUCAAGGAAUUACAGGAUCUAGUCGAGAACGCUACGGAACAGUAUGGAAUCCUCGAAUCGAAACACAAUCAACUUCUCCAGGAACGCGACGAGGAAAACUCCGAAAAAGACCAGAAGAUCAACGAACUCAGUACGGAGUUGCAACACGCGAACGAAUUACUGAAGGCCUUGAAGCAAGAAAGACUGGAUCAAGCUGUUGAACAAUUGGCUCCCACUGCUGCUGUGACCAGCCGAGUUCUCAAAAAAGGUUUGAGUCUGACGCAAAUUUAUACUCAGUUGGUGGAAGCAACGAACGAGUUGGCGAUGGAACGUGAAGAGAAUGAGAAGCUGAAAGCACACAUGGAGGACAUUCUUCGUGAAAUAGAAGAAAAGGCUCCUAUUCUCCAACAGCAGCGCGAAGAUUAUGAAGCUGCGCUUGAUAAUGUCAAUACUCUGUCGAAUCGUUUGGAUGAACUGCUUUCUGAGAAUAACCGAUUGCAAGAACAGCACGACGAGGCAAAUAGGGUCGCUAAUAUACAUACGAGAGAGAAUCAAACCCUGAAGACUCAGUUGUCUGACCUUGCAAGACAGGUGUGCUUCCUCCUGAAGGAAGUUCAAGAAAGCAGAGCUGGUAACACAGUUCAUUCAAAUGAUGUUUCAAUGGAAGGCGAUGAUCUCACUUCAUCACAGAUCAUCAGCAAGAAACUGGUGACGUUCCGGGAUAUUGAAGAACUGCAGGAGAACAAUCAGAAGUUGCUCACCAUUGUUAAAAGUCUCUCCUCGAGGCAAGAGGAAAUUGAGAGAGCUACGAGCGAGGCCAGUUGUGAAGAAAUGAAGGAGAAACUUGAUAAAUACUUGGAACAAUUGGCAGAUAUGCAGGCUUCUCAGGAUCGACAAGCGAAGAUGUUAGAGGGUUUGCUGAAGCAGAGGGAUAUGUACAAGAAUAUGUAUCAGCAGUGUCUCACGCAAACAGCGACGCGUGGUCACUUGAACUCGAGCCAAGGUAAGGAAAAUGAAGAUCAAAACAGCGCAGAACGCCAACCCGAGGAGAAUUCGGAGAAGAGAGCUCAGCCUCCGAGAAACGACGAGAAGGAGAAAGAAUGGGAGAGAAAACUCGCUGAUUCGGAAACAAGAUUGAAACAAAUCGCAGACGAUUUCGAGAACUAUAAGAAGGAGAAGGCAGCGCAUGUGAAAAUGCUUGGGGAAGAAAUUGACAGGUUGAGAAAGGAUUCCGAAACGAGUUCCACUCGUUGUUGUAAAUUGAGAGCUCAGUUAGAUUCUAGCUCGGAACGUUUCCAACUCUUGCAAGCGAAUGUAGCUUCUUACAAAGAGCAGAUUAAGAUUCUGGAAGAGAAAUGCAAUAAUUACAACACAACUAUUGGUAAACAUGAGCAGAGUAUAAUGAUGUUGAAGGACGAAACUCUGUCAGCUCAGUCCAAGCUUUCACGGGCGGAAGUUCAAUUGGAGAAUUUGAGACAAGAGAGGCAGAUUUUGAAAGAUUCUGAGAGUCGCUUUUUGAAGGAACGCGAGGUGCUGCACAGAGAGAGACAGACUCAAGCUUUAUUGAAGGCAGAUGUUGAGUCGAUAAAGGCAAGUUUGGAACGUGCACAGGCUGAAGGCCAACUUCGUGCUGAACAGAGACUCGAUGAUGCGACUAGAGAAUGUGCAGCUCUUCGCAGAAGACUGCAGGAGGAGCAAGACAGAUUUAGAGAACUCGGCUCUCAUUUGGAAAGAAGAGUUACUGCUGCUGAAGAACGUCUCGCGGAGGAGAGAACUUUAGCGGAGAGAGUAAAGGCUGAAUUGGAUGAGGCGCGAAAUACGGAAUCUGAAAACUUGAAACGCAUUGAUGAACUCAAUGCGAAACUUCGACAAGCUGCUGCGCAUUCGAUCGCGAAACCAAUCACUGGAAACGACAACUUAAACAAGAAAAUCAAGGAACUUGAGAUGCAGCUGGCCACCAGCCAAGCCGAGGUGAAAUCUCUUGCAGAACAGUUGAGGUCUGCUCGUCAUCAAAGCCAGCAAUAUUGUGAUAUUUCCGAGAGUUCAGAGUCGCAGCUUCGAGAAAUCACUGCGCAGCAUAAUCGAGAAAAGGAAGAAUUGGAAUCCGCCUUGAAGGAAGCUCGGGCAGAGAUUAGCACUUUCGAAACUAAAGUUCGUGAAUUGCAGGAAGAAUUGUCGAAAAUCUCAUCUGGAAAUCAGGAAACUGACUAUGAAUUACGAGAGAAGCUCGCAGCUGCUGAGAAGAAACUGGAAGAACUUGAUGAGAUCAAGGGAGAACUUGAGCUCGUGAAAACCGAUUUGCAAAAUGCAACAAAAGCAGCGACCGAAGCUGAUGCGAAAUAUGUCAACGAGAUGCUCAUGCACUCCACAGAUUUGCAACUUCUCUCAAAAUUGAAGGAGGAAGCGCAGACUGUCUCGGAGAAAAUAGCUACACUCACGCAAGAGCGGAACUCUGCCAUCGAGAAUUUGGAAACGGAGAAAUCAAUGUGGAAAGAAAGAGAGAAGAGAGUAAUGGACGAGAUGCAAGAAGUGCAGAAGCAGGUUGAGGACUUGAAUUCCCAGAAUGCUAUUUUGCACAGCCAGAUUCAGGAGAUGAGCGACCGAGCGGCUGUUUUGCAGAGCCAGCACACCAAGUUCGGAGGAGCGGAUAGUCCAGAUACCAGUUUCGAUACCAGCAAUCGCAGCCUCGGCAACCUUGAGGAAGAUUCCAAGUCUCAUGAUCAAUUGGUACAGCUUAUUAGACUCAUGCAGAAGGAGAAGGCUCUGAAUGCAGCGAGAUACGAUGUUUUGAAAGCAGAAAUGAUGACUCUGAAGUCUCAAGCUGAAGUUGCAGAAAGAAGAUUAAAGGAGACUGAGGCUCUGCUCAAUUCAGAACGGGAGAAGCUGGAGAUUGAUGUAGUCACAGCAUCAAAGCAUGCGGACUUAUUGAGGAAGGUUGAAACCUUGAAUGCGAUCACGGAUUCUAACAGGGUUCUGCGAGAAGAAAGAGAUAUUCUGAGUGCGAAGGUCACGGAGCUCACUGUUCAGGUUAAUGCUCUUUCGGAAGAAGUUGUGCCGCUCAGAGAAAAAUCACGAGAUUUGGAAGGAAAGACUGAGAAUUUGUUGCAGGAGAAUGUUAGUCUCAAGGGAGAAGCAACUAGAUGGAGACAGAGGGCGAAUACUUUAGUGGAAAGAGCAAACAAGGCAAGUCCAGAAGAUUGGCGAAGAUUGCAAACUGAAAGAGAGAAUCUUAGCAAGUUGCUGACUUCCGAGCGUGAAACUCACGCUAAGAUGAGUGAAGAAUUCAACGCUCUCAAGGCUGAAAAAUCGAGAUUAGACGAUCUGGUCGCCCAGCUUCAACAGCAAGUACAAACCCAGAGUGAACAACUGGCCAAGGUCUCCGAGGAAGCUCGCAAACUAAGACAAGAUCUGAAGGAGGCUGUCGCCGACUCGAAUACUAAAGAGAACGACUUGAAGACUGUAAGGGAAGAACUCGCCGCUAAGGAAACUGCAUUGAAUGAUUUAAAAAAUAAGGAAACGCAGAUUCGAAAGAUCGCUAAGAAGUACAAGACCCAAUACGAAGAACUGACUAAGACCGUCCUGGAAGAGAAGGCUAAGGCUGAAGAAUUGCGAGCCGCAAAUGCCAAUGCAGCUGAAGCAGAGAAGCAAGUCACUCAGGAACGAGAGACCCAACUCACUCAGGAAUUACGAGAGAGAAACGAUCAAUUGACAACUCAAAUUGAGGAACUAAAUCGCCAGGUAACUGCCUAUCAGAGUGAAUCGGAGAAUCUGAAGAAGGAGAUUGAUGUGAUCAACAGGGCGUGUACCGAGAAGGAGGAGCGAGCUAAAGUUGUUCUUAAGAAUGCAAGAACGAAAAUCGUGCAACUGACUGAAUUCAGGAAGAAAUACGAGAAAGAAUUGAGUGAUCUAAAAGCUAGAAGGGAUGACCCGAGUGACAAUGACUCCACCGCUGAACACGAGGCCAGACUCAACGCCUUGAGGUCUCAACUUGAGGCGAGAGUAGCAAGACUCGAACAUGAAAAAACGGAAUGUCUCGCGGAGAAGGAAGCUUUGGAAAAGAAAGUGGCUCAACUUCAAAGGCAACUCUCAGGAGUCAGUGGUACCAGUGCCACAACAGAACCACCCACAGCGAAUAUUAAACCCAUGUCUGCUAGAGCGGAAACUCCCUUUGCGAGCAUUCGACCAAUGAGUGUCGUUGUACAAUCGAGAACAGCUGCUGUCUUACCGACAACUGCCUCGGCUCCUGUUUUGGUUGCGCCUCAACAACAGCCACAGCAGCAAGUUGUACACACAACCGAGACGAGUUCACCCACUAGCAGUCACACGGAUUAUCAGCCAGCUAGUACGAGCAGCUCCUCGCAAUCGGCUCCGAACAAUUUGAGACAACUUGCAGUUCAACCUCAGCUCAGUGGAUCGGCAGAAUCGACGCAGAGAGAGGAACCAGAGAGUGCUGAGAUCGUGACGGUUCAGCAACAACAGUGCCAACAGCAGCAGCAACAGCAAACUGUGGCUUUGGUGAGUCCUAGAGUUGAGCAGCAACAGCAGCAAGCCGUAGCGAGUGAACAACAGCAGUCCGUUGCCAGCAGCUCUACACAGUCUGUCAGCACGUCACAGACAUCGACUGGACACAAGAGACCGAGGACUUUGGAUUCGUCGGCUUCAGCGUCUGGUGUAGUGGAAGGUGCUGAUCAUCGGCAGGAACAGAUCCCGAGUCCGAAGACCAAGAGGAGUCGCCAGCAGGAAGUUACGCCUUCUGCGACUCAAAGUGCUUCCGAAAUUGAAUAUCAAGUACCAACAUCAAGUCAAAGAGACCAGGACGAAGAGGGUGAAGAUGGUUGCGUGGUCGUCGUUGAUUGUGACGAGGGCGAAGGGGCAGGAAACCAUCAGGCUCAAGAAGAAGAAGAAUUUGAGAAUGAUCCUUAUGAAGAAAUGGAGGAAGAGGAGGAAUUGCCGUACGGGGUUGAAGGUGAGGGCGAGGGCGACAACAACGAAGUGGAAAUUAUUAUGGAAGAAGAUCCAGUAAGCGCUGAAGUUCCAAGACAGGCUCAACCAGCAAUUCCUGCAAGUCAACAGCAACAGCAAUCCGAAGCCAUCAGUUCUGCUGGUCCCUCGGGCGAACCUGCAUCUUCCUUUGCUCGUUCAUCGCGAGGAAUCGCUCCGAUGCCAAGGCAACAACAACAUCUUCUACUUCCCCAGCAAGGAUACGAAGACGGCGGUGAUGACUGUAUUGUUCCAAGUACGCCUACAUUGUUUGUUCCGCGAAGAGGUGAUGGAUUCGGAGAGGCUGUCAGCUCACCACAAGUUCCCCAAGGCCGAUUCACCUUUGGCGAGCCAAAUGCUCCUGCCACGGCUUCUUCAACACCUUCCUUGACGACAUCUUCGGGCGCUGCAGCGAGAACUAUUUUCGGAACAGCAGCUUCCGGUGUCGCUCAAGUCGUUCAAGAAGGCAUGGACGAUACAAGGAUGGAUCUGACACAGCUCGAAGAUAGUGGAACUGGAAGAAGCGUGCCUACUACGCCGUUGCAGGUUUCACCAGCGGCAGACAUGCCUCCGUCGACGAGCAGUGAACCUUCCGAAGAACAAGAAGCUCCAAUGUCAUUAACGUUGGAAAGUGCUCCGACAGAUGUUGAUAGCAAUGAAGAUGCUACGAUUCCUAGCAUUCGGAUUGUUUCCACAGAAGAACAAGAAAACGCUCAGGUGGAAGCAAUCACAGAAUCUGAAAACGUAGCAGCGAGUCAGGGCGUAAGCUCUGAAGGUGAAAAGCAGACUGAAGAACCCGGUGCCUCUGGAUCCGGAGCUGUAGACGAUGACAGCGUUGACGCUGAGGUAGACGCCACACAAGAAUCGGGAAUAGAAAUAAUCGAGGACGAUGGAAAAGACGAAAAUCGUGAAGCUGAAGCAACUCCCUCCAUCAACACUCGUCAGCGAACUCUGGCUGCUGCAGCUGCAGCCGCUGGAGGUACUUCUCCCAUUGUAAGAGGAAACAGUGCAAGGAGAUCAACGAGAUCGCCGUUCCGAACGGCACGCGGUGCAAGACCGACUCCCAUCGUCUGGGACAAUAGCCAAUCUAACAGGGGGCAAAAUUCGGGGCAAGGCAUGAUGCGUGGUGGCCACUUAUCACGGGGCACCAACGAGGGACCUACAGUAAGAGGAAGAGCGAGAGGACGACGAAUGCGUGGAAAAUACCCUUAUAGUUAUAACUGAAUUUUUGAAAAUUGUAAAACAUUUGACUACGGAAAUAUUUUAUAAGAAGCAGAGUGACUUAAAUCUCAUGGAGCUUUUAAGUCGCGAGAAUUUAAUCACAGGAAUUUGCGUCAUAGAAAUAAAUAUGAUCCGCAUACCGAAUUACUAAAAAGUGUUCGAAUUAUAACGAUGCCCAGCUUAAACGAAAUAUAUCUUUUGUUUUUAAUUUUGAGUGAUGUACAAACGAUCGGAAGAAUUUAGUUCAGUAUUGUGAGAUUAUCAGGACAUUCCGAUAAGUGCGUUGUUGAUUUCGACUUCCUUUUUCUUUUAAAAAUGGAUCCAAAUUUUACUAUUAAUUUUUGUUGUAGCCGUGGCUUAGAUGUAAAUUGUAAGAUUGUCCAUCUUUUUGGUAAAAUAUAUUGGACAAUAUAUUUGGCAAUUUUCAAUGAAGGUUAUAUGAUUUUGUAAGCGUGACUGCAAUCGUUGAUUUUGUUUUAGUUCUCUAUCAUUUUAUUUGACGUAAUCGAAAAACUGAUUGUCGCUUACAAUAAAAUUAGGUUAAUAGAUUCAUGUUACUUGUUUAGUUUCUUAUAUAGGGCUGAAAAAUAUAAAGUAAUUCUGUCACGGAAAAUAUAAUAAAGUAUUUGAUAGUA